AUGGCCUUCCGCCCCUUUUCCAGCCUCCGCCGCGGCGCGCAAGUCGUGUCCAUGGAUCAGGGCCAGGAGCAGGAUGUCGACCUCUUUCAGAAGCACGUCGCCGAUCACCUUCUCUCCCUCCUACCUUCCUCGGCCGCUGCCUUUGAACCGCCUUGCCAGCUCCAGCCGCUGCUCACGCUCGCCUUCCUCUCCAAGCUGCUCGACGCUCUGCUCUCCUGCGAGGAGGAGUUCCUCUCCCUGCUCGGCCGUACCCAGGCCAGCCUACUCGCAAGAUCCCCCGCCGAUCGCGCCGUCGCCGAUCUCCUCGACCGCGCCGUGAAAUCGCUCGACGUAUGUAACUCGGUUUCGCUCUCCCUGCACUCGCUCCACCACUGGUAUCGUCCGGCCGUCAUAGCCUCCUCCGUCCUCCUCCCGGAUCGGUGCGGAGAAGAUGCUCCCCUCAAUCGCGCUCGAAGGGCCCUCGGAAAGCUUCUCGCUUCCUCCCAUGAAUCCUCCUACACCGCCACCGCCUCCGCCGGAGGCGAUUGGUCGGGGUCCUCUAGCCGCUUCGGCAACAGACAAAUCCGCGCGUUCUCGUGGGGCUUGUCGAAGAACUUGUCGGCCGGGCGGACGAUUCCGCCGGUGCUGGCCCACCUGGCCGCCCCGCAUGGCGGUGAGGCAGGAGGCGCCAGUGCGGCCCUCGCGGUGUACGCGAUGAGCUCCCUGCUGGCGUUCACCAUGUGGGCCCUGGCCGCAGCCGUCCCGUCCCAGGACAGAGGCUCGACGGCGCCAUCGAGUCCGGUGUCGCCGCGGCAGCACCUUCCGUGGGCAGCAGCGAUGAUCGAGCUGCAGGAGCGAAUCACGGGGGAGUGGCGGCGGCGGCGGAGGGGAUCGCCGGCGGGGCUGUUGGCGGAAUUCCAGCGAGUGGAACGAUCCAUGGGGGAGCUGAUGGAGACAAUGGGAGAGCGCGGGGCAGCGGCAUCGCGGGCGGAGGAAGUGGCGGCGAGGGCGGGGGAGCUAGCGGAGGCGUGCCGGAAGCUCUCCGAAGGCGUGGGACCGCUGGAGAAGCAGGUGAGGGAGGUGUUCCACCGGCUGGUGGCCAGCCGCGCGGAGGUGAUUCGGUGCGUCGACCACACUUCGCUCGCUGCUGUUGCUGCUGCUCCUCCAAACCCUCCCUUAACCUCUCUUUGA